CCUGACCUUCUGUGCGUUGCCGCCGCGCUCGCUGUGCACUGUGCAGCUCGGUUUCCCGUCUGCCGCCCUCUCCUGCGGCCACGGGAGGAAUCGACGCAUUGUCUCUGCUGCGAGGAGCGGCUCCUCUGGCGAGUCUCGUGCCAGGGCCUUGGGAAAGCUCUGUCACGGACUGCGGGGGUCGCGCUCAGCCGCCCGGCGGGUGCUUUAUUCCACACGACAUCCAUUAGACACCCACUGUGCGCUAGGCCUUGCAAUCCAGCGGAGGCCGAGAACGGCAGCGCUGUCCCCAAAUAGUCACCAUGCCUGUGCACGCACAGAUGUGCGAAUAUGUGUUUGCAGAAGAGCUGAAAGGAGGAAUGCACGACGCGCCAGGAAAACGCAGAGCAAAUAGCGACUGUCGCUUCCAGUGGAAACUUCUGGAGGCCCCGCACAGACAUCUCAUUUUUCAUCGUCCAUAAUGGGAUCCUGUUUGGAAGUAUUUGCAGACUGUUCAGUAUGGAGUCCAUGGAAAUUUUCCACGCCUCUCAUAUCCAACUUUCUUUCCACGUUUUGAAUUCCAAGAUAUUAUCCCUCCAGAUGACUUCCUAACUAGUGAUGAGGAGCUGGAUUCAGUGUUAUUUGGAACUUUGAGAGGUCAUGUAGUUGGACUACGCUAUUACACAGGAGUAGUUAAUAAUAAUGAAAUGGUUGCAUUACAACGAGAGCCUAAUAACCCCUAUGAUAAGAAUGCCAUUAAAGUAAACAAUGUGAAUGGAAAUCAGGUUGGACAUUUAAAGAAAGAUCUGGCAGCUGCUUUGGCUUAUAUCAUGGACAACAAAUUGGCACAAGUGGAAGGGGUAGUUCCUUUUGGUGCAAACAAUGCUUUCACCAUGCCUUUGCAAAUGACUUUUUGGGGAAAAGAAGAAAAUAGAAAAGCUGUUUUAGAUCAAUUGAAGAAACAUGGAUUUAAAUUGGGUCCUGCACCAAAAACUGUGGGAUUCAAUUUGGAAAGUAGUUGGAGCUCUGGAAGAGCUGGACCGAGCUACAGUAUGCCAGUUCAUGCUGCAGUACAGAUGACAGCGGAACAGCUUAAAACAGAAUUUGACAAAUUAUUUGAAGAUUUAAAAGAAGAUGAUAAAACUCAUGAAAUGGAACCAGCUGAGGCUGUUGAAACACCAUUGCUUCCUCAUCAGAAACAAGCUCUGUCUUGGAUGAUCUCUCGGGAGAACAGUCAAGAACUCCCUCCAUUCUGGGAGCAGCGGAAUGACUUAUACUACAACACAAUAACAAAUUUUUCUGAGAAAGACCGACCAGAAAAUGUCCAUGGAGGAAUUUUAGCUGAUGAUAUGGGUUUGGGUAAAACUCUUACAGCCAUUGCAGUAAUUCUUACCAACUUCCACGAUGGUAAACCUCUUCCUGUAGAGAGAAUUAAAAAGAAUCAACUGAAGAAGGAAUGUAAGGAAUGUAAUGUUAAAGAUGAGUCUGAGAAACUUGGAGGAAACAGUUCCACUGAAAAGGCAGAUGGGCAAGGCAAAGAAAGAUCUAGAUGUAGUGAAGAACCCAGUAUUUCACAUAUCAAGGAGAAGAAAAAGUGUUCCAUGUCAGAAUUGUCUAGCUCUCGCCCCAAAAGAAGAAAAAUUACUGUCCAGUACGUUGAAAGCAGUGAUUCAGAGGAAAUUGAAGCAAGUGAAUUGCCUCAGAAAACCAAAGGCAAACUGAAAAAUAUACAGUCAGAGACUAAAAGCCGGGCAAAAGCAGGAUCUUCCAAGGUCAAAGAAGAUGCAGCCUUUGCAUGUGCACUGACUUCACCUAGCCCUGCAACAAAGAAGAAAACCUUGAAAAGGGGAGCAUCUUCAGUGGAGGGUUCAAAGAAAACUGAUGUUGAAGAGAGACCAAGAACAACACUGAUUAUCUGCCCACUUUCUGUGUUGAGCAACUGGAUUGACCAAUUUGGGCAACAUAUAAAAUCAGAGGUGCACUUGAAUUUUUAUGUUUAUUAUGGUCCUGAUCGUAUUAGAGACCCAGCCUUGCUUUCAAAACAGGAUAUUGUUUUGACUACCUACAACAUUUUAACUCAUGACUAUGGAACUAAAGGGGACAGUCCAUUACAUAGCAUAAGAUGGCUAAGAGUGAUCCUGGAUGAAGGCCAUGCCAUUCGAAAUCCAAAUGCUCAGCAGACAAAAGCUGCACUCGAUUUAGAAGCAGAAAGGAGAUGGGUAUUAACAGGAACUCCUAUCCAGAAUUCUUUGAAGGACUUGUGGUCUCUUCUGUCCUUUUUAAAACUUAAACCAUUUAUUGAUAGAGAAUGGUGGCAUAGAACAAUACAGCGUCCCGUCACUAUGGGAGAUGAAGGAGGACUUAGACGUUUACAGUCCCUAAUUAAAAAUAUCACACUUAGAAGAACAAAGACAAGCAAAAUUAAAGGAAAGCCUGUUUUGGAGUUACCAGAACGUAAAGUAUUUAUUCAGCACAUUACACUUUCAGAUGAAGAGAGAAAGAUUUAUCAAUCUGUGAAAAAUGAAGGCAAAGCUACUAUUGGAAGGUACUUUAAUGAAGGAACUGUCCUUGCACACUACGCAGAUGUCCUGGGUCUUCUGCUUAGACUGCGGCAGAUUUGUUGUCAUACUCACCUUCUUACAAAUGCAGUGUCUUCCAGUGGCUCCUCAGCCUUUUCUCUAGGAAAUGAUACACCUGAAGAAUUGAGAAAGAAGUUAAUAAGGAAGAUGAAGCUAAUUCUGAGCUCAGGUUCAGAUGAAGAAUGUGCAAUUUGCUUGGAUUCUUUAACAGUUCCUGUGAUAACACAUUGUGCACAUGUGUUUUGUAAACCUUGUAUUUGUCAGGUCAUUCAGAAUGAGCAGCCACAUGCUAAAUGCCCUUUAUGCAGAAAUGAUAUACAUGGAGACAAUUUAUUAGAAUGUCCUCCAGAAGAAUUGGCAUGUGACAGUGAGAAAAAGUCCAAUAUGGAAUGGACAUCCAGUUCAAAGAUUAAUGCUCUAAUGCAUGCUUUGAUUGACUUAAGAAAGAAGAAUCCAAACAUAAAAAGUUUAGUUGUUUCUCAGUUUACAACGUUCCUGUCUCUAAUAGAAACACCACUUAAAGCCUCUGGAUUUGUGUUCACUCGUCUGGAUGGUUCCAUGGCCCAGAAGAAAAGAGCUGAGUCUAUUCAGUGUUUCCAGAACACUGAAGCAGGCUCUCCAACUAUCAUGCUGCUGUCCUUAAAAGCAGGGGGAGUUGGUUUGAAUCUUUGUGCAGCUUCUCGGGUAUUUUUAAUGGAUCCAGCCUGGAAUCCUGCUGCUGAGGACCAGUGCUUUGACAGGUGCCACAGACUUGGCCAGAAGCAAGAAGUUAUCAUCACUAAAUUCAUUGUGAAGGAUUCUGUUGAAGAAAAUAUGCUGAAAAUACAAAACACAAAAAGAGAACUUGCAGCUGGAGCUUUUGGAACAAAAAAAUCGAAUGCUAAUGAAAUGAAACAAGCUAAAAUUAAUGAAAUCCGAACUCUAAUUGAUUUAUAAUUUUGGGGAUUUUAGUAAGAAGACUACUAUAUGUGAGAGGCGUGAUGUCUGGAUGGAAGUUGGGCUGGAUGACCUCCAAACUCGUCUCAACUCUUAAAGACAUCUUAAUCCUGAAUGUAAAAUUUCUUUGUUAUGUGUGUUUAAAAUCAGAAUUUGAUUUUGGAACUUCAGUAAUUCAUCCUUACAUUUUUCUUACUUUUUUACAUUAAUAAGCAAACUCACAGUAGUUGCCACAGAAUUCUAGGUGACUCAAGUCAUUUAAAAUAAAUAAACUAGAGGUUGCGCAGUCAGGUUUACGUAUUCAGUGGUUUUAUUUCCUUAAGGGUUUUUUUUUUUUUU